GUGUGUGUGUGAAUGUGCGAGUGUGUGUCAGUGUCUGAGUUGUGUGGUUGGCAGAACACUGUCUGUGGUUUCCUGUGGUGGGAAGUGAGUGUCUGAUUCUUAUUGAGAAGUAAAGCAACUUCAGUCUCUCACAAUCUCAUUGUGUCUGUGAUCAUGGCUCCAGCCUUUGGAGGUCUCCUGCUGCUUGGCAUUCUGGGUGCCUCCUGGGCCCAGCGGGAAGUGACCAUACAACAGGGGCCCCUGUAUCGUACAGAAGGCACACACAUCAGUAUCUGGUGCAUGGUGCGUGGGUACCAGGGACCCUCAGGACAGACUUUUGAUUGGUCAAUAUACCUGCCCUCUGCCCCUAACAAGGAGAUCCAGAUAGUCAGCAGCAACAAGACUUCCUUCUCCUAUGCCAUCUACUCACAGCGAGUGCGCUCCAGGGACAUCUACGUGGAGCGAGUGAGCGGGGACCAUGCCCUGUUACAUAUCCGCCAGCUGCAGGAACAGGACGAGGGGGAGUACGAGUGCCACACCCCCAACACUGACCCCACAUUUCAUGGCAGUUACAGCGCCAAGAUGAACCUGUACGUCCUACCUGACACCCUAGUGGUCAUGAUGCCCCCGCAGGACCUACAGAAACUAGAAGGGACCCCACUGGAGUUGUACUGCCACGUGUCAGUGUCACCCACUCAGCACACUCACCUCUCCAUCACGUGGCUACUUACCUCUGGGAGGGACAUGGAAAUCGUAAGCCUGACCAGGGACUUUGUGCUUCUCCCGGGGGCCGGGUAUAUGGACCGAUUCCUUGCUGGGGACGUGCGAAUGGACAAACUCAACAGCACCCACUACAGACUGCAGAUUCGGGCCCUGCAGAAGUCAGAGCAGGGUCACAUCUCUUGUCAGGCCCAGGAAUGGAUCCAGGAUCCAGAUGGGAAGUGGACCAUCAUUACCCAGAAGCAGUCGAACAGAACCAGUGUCAUGGUCCAACCUCUGGGAGGGAAUGACUUUGAGGUUCAGGCCCAGGCCACUGACUCCCCCAUUCUUCCAGGGAGCCCCCUAGAGGUCACUUGUACCAUCAGCACCCAGGACCCAACUGGGCGCCUAUUCCAUGUUACGUGGCUGCUGGACAGCAAGAAAGUGGUCUCCCUACACCCAUCCGGCAUCCUCUCCUUCGGAGGGAACUUGGGGGCUAGAAAUACUCUGGGGCAAAUCUCUGUAGGUAGGAGAACCCUGGUGUCCUGGUACUUAAGGAUCAGCCAAGUCCUUAGGGAAGAUGGAGGCUCCUACACCUGUCAGGUCUCAGAGGAGAGAGCAGCUCAGGGGCCAACAGAGAGCAAGACCUCAGCCCCCGUGUCUGUCAUUGUGGCACAGAAAGAGAGUCAGCUGGGAGUGAUACUCAGCACUUCUGUACACAAGGUGUAUGAGGGGGAAUCGGUGCAGUUCCAGUGCCAGGUGACGGGAUAUUCAGGUUUGGUGUCCCUGAGUUGGUACAUGACGGGGUCUGAUGGGCAGCGGGCAGAGCUGGUGGCAUUACAACGGGAUGGAUCCCUGGUGGUGGGUGAGACUUACUUGGAUCGGCACAACGAGGGGCUCCUGCUGGCACAGAGGAUGGAGGGGGGUCACUUCUCUCUUAAACUGGAGCAGGUGAGGGCAAGAGACAAGGGCAAAUACACCUGCCAGGCCACAGAGUGGCAAAUAGGAUCCGACUCCAAUUGGAUAAAACUGGGCAGUCAGAGUGCAGAGAAGGAAGUGGACAUCACCCCACUGGGCUCCUCCCUCUCAUUGAGUCUGAGUGUCAGGAGCUCACAGGUGAUCACUGGCAGCACCAUCCGCCUGAUCUGCAAAGUGUCAGCUGAAUAUUCAUUGCUUGGCAAACCUAAGUCUUGGUCUUGGCACCACCAGAACAGCUCUGAUCCCAACCGCCAGUUCCAGCAGCUGGUAAAGAGCCACUACACUGGCACCACAGUCUGGCACGAGGGGAUGUCCGGCUUCCAGGGGAAACUUCAACUGGAGAUAAGAGUCGACUACUCAGUACUGACAGUUUAUAACAUUGAGAGAGGACAGGCUGGUUUGUACUGCUGUAAAGUGGGUAUUGUCAAUGAUCAAGCGGGAACCACCUCAAACAAACUGGCCAUACAACUCACUGUACCAGAGAGCCUGCUACUGUUGGAGACCUCCCCCGAGGAGCUGCUUCUCACCAGAGGACAAGAUGACAUGAGCAUAACCUGCCACAUCGACUCCAGGGUCCCCGGGGCCCAGGUGAGAGUCACAUGGAAAUUCUUUCCAGCUGGUGUCACAUCAGCCCAAGAAAUAGUAACUGUGACCCAGGAAGGGCUCCUGAGCUACAGCUCCGACAUCUCAUCUGCCCUGAGAUCCAGAAUCCUGAUCGAGAGAAACUCCCCCGACUCCUUCACCCUACGGAUCAUGAGGCCAAGUCAAGAGCAGUGGGGCUCCUACGGAUGUGCAGUGAGUGAGUGGCUCUUGGAAGGCUCUGGGAACUGGGUCAAACUAGGAGAGAAGAACACUGGGCUGGUUCCUGUGCAAUUCAGGGAUUCAGAAGAGACCCUGCAUAUUCCCAAGAUGAACAUCACGGCAGAAGUGACAGAGGCGGAGGAUGUGACACUAUACUGCCCCCUGGGGGACGUGAGGAGUCUGGCAUCUAGAUACUCAUUGUCUUGGUACUUUCAGGCCUCUGGCUCCAGAAUUUCCAAGCUCAUUUAUCAAGCAAGCUGGGAGGGUGUGAUUGAGUAUGAAGAGUCAUUGGCCAAACGUCUGCUCUUGGUGGCCCCAAACUGGGGAAAUUACAGUCUGAUCCUGCAGAGUGUGGGGCUGGAGGAUGCUGGAGUCUACCAUUGCCAAGUGGAGGAAUGGAGGCUGGAGCCAGAGGAAGGGGAGUGGAGGCUCAAGGCUGCAGAUGGUUCAGGAUUCCACAAUCUCAAAGUUCUUUCCCCAGGGGUCGGCCUUACUCUGAACAGCACCAACCUGACCCUACUUGUCCUGCAGGGGGGACAGAAUAAUAUCACGUUGCCCUGCCAGGUUCUCAGCCUCUCCAGUACUAAUUCUGCCCUGUCUGUGGCCUGGUGGAAAUCCUCAUUAUUGGGGCAGGAGGAGCAGUUGCUGUUUAGUGUCAGUUACGAGGGGCAGUUUACGUACCCCACACAGGAGGAGUUGGAGGGGGCUCGGCUCCAGUUUGAGAGACCUUCAAAGCUUCUCUUCCUGCUCAGGAUCCUGCAGCCCGGAUUGGACAGUUCAGGGACGUAUCACUGCAGAGUGAGGGAGAGUGUGUCCAGCCCCCGAGGAGCCCGAUAUCUACAGACGGAGCUCAGAGCUGGGAAUAUAUCUGUCACCUUCCUGCCAGAAGAAUCAGGCCCCUCCCAGAUUUGCACAACUGCCUCUAUUUUCCACUUGCUCCUGGGGGCGGCGGGGCUGCUGCUCCUAUUGGUUGCUCUGCUGUUAGUUUUCGGGGGCAGACGUUGGUGCAGGGGAGUUGGCUCCACCAGGAUGGAUGGUCGGAAGGGCCACAGAGGACUUUGGGCUCCUACAAAUAUGGCUGAUCCCCCUGUAUAUGGGGGCGCUGACAUCGAGGAGAAGGAGCCAAUGGGAAUGGACCGGUAUGAAGAGACCAAAGCAUAAAUCUCAGCUACUGCUUCAGUUCUGCUUCCCUCAUACACAACAGACCCAGCUGAUAAUAUCCAACCAGUAUCCACCAAUCAGCCAGUACAGACCAACAGGUCCCUCCAGCAACCUAUCAGCUCCCAGUCAGGGCAAGCCAAUAGGAACUGCCCUCAGCUCCCUGUCCAAACAAGACCCCUUUAAUCAUAAGGUCAAUUGGACAACUGUCCAGGACCCACUGAUCUGGGGCCCCACUGUGUCACAAUGUUAUUUUUAAUUUCCCUCCCUGUUCCCCUUCUGCUGUCACCGCCGCUCCUCCUGCCCUGCUGAUCCCGCUGCUCUUCUGUUCUUUGUGAGUCCUGUGUGUUCCACUGUGGAAUGCACGGCCAUCUUGGAUUUUCAGCAGUGUAUUGAGCAGACAGGGGGGGGGGAGCACAAGGAAAGAAAAAACUUUUGGUAUUGGUAUUGGUAUUCCAUUUACUUCUCCUUUAACAUUA